ACCCAAAAUCCCAAUGGUAAAGAAAAUUUCAACGGCGCAGCGCCAACUGGUUUUCUUGCGGUAGGAGAAUUACUGUCCUCUUACAAAUUUCAGUGAUAAUAGGCGCCCAUUUUCCAGAUCAUUUCUUUAAACGUCGUUUCCUGGUCUUGUUUCGACACAUUUUCUCCAUUUCUUGUCGCCAAAAAAAAAAAGAAAAAGUCUGAAAUCACAUUAACAAAUUUAAGAGAGAGAAAAUGGCGAAUGAGGUGCACAUGAAGGUCGUCAAUGGCGAAAAUGGAUACGUUCUGGAAGACGUUCCUCAUUUAUCAGAUUACAUUCCUAAUCUUCCUACUUACCCCAAUCCUAUACAAGAUAAUCCCGCCUAUUCAGUUGUUAAGCAAUAUUUUGUUCAUGAGGAUGAUACAGUGGUACAGAAGGUAGUAGUUCACAAGGAUUCACAAAGGGGGUUGCAUUUCCGGCGUGCGGGUCCAAGACAGAAGGUGUACUUUAAUUCUGGUGAAGUGCACGCGUGCAUCGUGACAUGCGGAGGUCUAUGUCCUGGACUUAACACUGUCAUCAGAGAAAUUGUCUGCGGUCUCUACCACAUGUAUGGUGUCAGCAAAGUUAUUGGAAUUGAUGGAGGAUAUAAGGGUUUCUAUGCUAAAAAUACCAUCCCAUUGACCCCUAAAUUUGUCAAUGACAUCCACAAGCGCGGUGGUACAGUAAUUGGAACUUCUCGAGGUGGCCAUGAUACCAAAAAAAUAGUUGAUAGCAUUCAAGACCGUGGAAUAAAUCAGGUUUACAUAAUUGGUGGUGAUGGUACACAGAAAGGAGCAGCCGUGAUCUACGAGGAAAUGAGACGACGCGGCCUUAAAGUUGCAGUAGCUGGAAUCCCCAAAACUAUUGAUAAUGAUAUUUCGGUAAUUGAUAGGUCAUUUGGCUUUGAUACUGCUGUAGAGGAAGCCCAACGUGCAAUAAAUGCUGCCCAUGUAGAAGCUGAUAGUAUGGAGAAUGGUAUUGGUCUGGUGAAAUUGAUGGGCCGUUACAGUGGUUUUAUUGCAAUGUAUGCAACUCUAGCUAGCCGAGAUGUUGAUUGUUGCUUGAUUCCAGAGUCACCCUUUUAUCUUGAAGGUAAGGGUGGGCUUUUCGAAUACAUUGAGAAAAGACUCAAAGAAAAUGGGCAUAUGGUUAUCGUGAUUGCUGAAGGAGCUGGGCAGGAGCUCCUAUCAGAAAGCCGGAAUGAGAAAGAUGCUUCUGGGAACAAGUUGCUGAAAGAUGUUGGCCUGUGGAUGUCACAUAAAAUAAAGGAACAUUUUAUGCAAAAUAAAAUGAUCAUAAAUCUCAAAUACAUAGAUCCUACCUACAUGAUCCGUGCUAUUCCCAGUAACGCAUCUGAUAAUGUAUAUUGCACACUUCUUGCUCAAAGUGCUGUACAUGGAGCUAUGGCGGGAUUUACAGGCUUCACAGUUGGUCUUGUUAAUGGAAGACACACAUAUAUUCCCUUUGAUCGCAUCACUGAGCAACAGAAUCAGGUGAUUAUAACGGAUAGAAUGUGGGCUAGGCUCCUUUCAUCGACCAAUCAGCCAAGCUUCCUGGAGGCCAUAGAAGUUGCCAACAUAAAGGAAGAAGAGAGUAGUACUGCUCAGUCAUCGGAGGGAGAGAAUUGUAAGAAGAGGCAAGGAAAGAAACCCAUGACAAUGUGCUUUUGUUUUCCUGCUCGGUGAUUUUACACCAGCAAUGGGGAUUUUGCUACAGGUUCUUCAACCAGUAUCAGUCUUUGGAACCAGUGAGCUUGCUGUAUAAUUCUUUUGUUUUGGUACAAUAUUGUAUAGGUAUGUCUUGAAAAGGGUUAGGGAGUUUUGAAAUGUAUAGGGUGCAGGAUUGGAGUCCUGAUGAAUGUUGAUUCUUUACAUUUGUUAAUUUGAUUUUUGUCAAAUAAAGCAGAGAAUUCAUAUAA